AUGUCGAGUGGAAAUGCUGUUGGAAUUGAUUUGGGUUCGACAUAUUCCUGCGUUGGAGUUUGGAAAAACGAUCGAAUUGAAAUUAUUACUAAUGACCAGGGUCUUCGUACGACACCUUCGUAUGUCGCUUUCACCGAAACAGAACGCCUUAUCGGUGAUGCUGCCAAAAAUCAAGUUAAUAUGAACCCAUAUAAUACUGUAUUUAAUGUUAAACGUCUCAUUGGACGUAAUUUUAACGAUGAAGUUAUUCAAUCCGAUAUUAAGCAUUGGCCAUUUAAAAUCAUCGAAAAAAAUGGAAAGCCAUAUAUCCAAGUCAGAUUCAAAGGCGAAAAGAAAGAUUUCACACCCGAAGAAAUUUCUUCUAUGAUCUUGGUAAAGUUAAAGGAAAUUGCAGAAGCUUACCUUGGUACAAAAGUCAAUAAUGCCGUAAUUACUUCACCUGCUUUCUUUAAUGAUUCUCAACGUCAAGCAAUAAAAGAUGCUGGUGAAAUCGCUGGUUUGAAGGUGGUGGAAGGAAUUUUUGAAGUAAAAGCCGUUGCUGGUGACACACAUCUUGGCGGUGAAGAUUUCGACAAUCGACUUGAAGAUCUUACAACGAAUGCACGUGCUUUCCGUCGAUUAAGGACAGCUUGUGAACGUGCAAAGCGUGAACUUUCAUCAUCAUUAAAAGCUUCCAUAGAAAUAGAUUCCCUUUUCAAAGUUGGUGGUUCAACACGUAUUCCUAAAAUUCAAAAAAUGGUAUCUGAGUUCUUCAAUUAUAAAGAACCAAACAAAUCUGUUAAUCCUGAUGAAGCCAUGGCCUAUGGUGCCGCCAUUCAGGCUGCUAUUUUAUCUGGUGAUACUUCUAAAAAGACUCAAGAUUUACUUUUACUCGAUAUCGCUGCUUUAUCUCUGGGUAUUGAAACUACUGGCGGUAUCAUGAAACCACUUAUUAAACGCAAUACUACAGUACCUAUUAAGAAAUCCGAAAUUAUUUCAACAGUUUUGACAAUCAAUCGGAAAUGCUUAUUCGAAUUUAUGAAGGUAUCCGCUGUUGAUAAAAGAACUGGAAGAUCGAAGAAAAUGACCAUCACGAAUGACAAAGGUCGAUUGUCAAAUGAAGAAAUCGAACUUGCCGAAGCGGAAAAAUAUCGUGAAGACGAUGAGAAAAUUGCACAAGAUAUACAUGCACGAAAUCUUUUGGAAAGUUAUGCAUAUAACUUACGUAACAUACUUCAUAGCGAACAAGUUGCUGGUAAUCUUGACCUAGCAAGCAAGGUGAAACUUGAAGAUGCAAUUCAAAAAUCGAUUACAUGGUUGAAAAUAAUUCAGCGGCAAUGA